UUAUAAUUUCCCCUCCCCUUUCGAUCUGCUGCUGCUGCUGCUGCUGCUGCUUGUACUGGUGGUAGUAGCUGUGGAUGCAAGCGUGCGGUGCCGGCUCAGCCUACAUCCCGGAGCAUCUCCUGGGAUUCCCACUGAGCUUCUUCUCCUCUGUCACCACUCGCACCAACGAACCUCCAGCUGAGCACUACCAGACCUUGUCCUCUGCUGUUAAAAGAUAUCUGCUGACUUCCUACGGUGUGCUGUACUCAUGGAGACUGAUCAGAGGAGGCUUUCAUGUUUGUUCUGAGGACCCAGAUCAUCAGAAGCGUCGUCUGCGUUGUCGAAGGAGCACCUCUGACUUCACAGCAAUCCACUAGCCUCCUGCUCAAGGUGCUUGGAGCUGCAGGACGAGCGAGGACGUGGAGGAAAAUCAACACGGCGUAAAAGAACAAAGGCGUUUUUCAUGAAUUUAAAAAAAGACUUGAAAAGCAAAUAAAGCGCACUGGCUGGUGGAGGCUGGAGGAUGAUGAGUAUGGCUUGGCUCUGUCUCCCAGCCUACACUGUCCUGCUUGUUGGCUGCUUUUAUACAGCUGUCACAGAAAAUGAUGUCACUCCACGAGUCACCUUCUCAUACAAUGCAAAGGAGAGGAUGAUCAGAAGUUUCUCAGCUAGCGGGGUGUUGAACUUCACCUCCCUCCUUCUCAGUAGCGAGGACAACAUGUUGUAUGUUGGAGCUCGGGAGAUUCUCUUUGCUCUCAACCUCUCUGAUAUCAGUGCACCCAAGCUACAAAGAAGUCUCACAUGGAAAACUCCAGAGACCAAGAGGAAGGAAUGCAGUUUCAAAGGCAAAGAUCUUCAGAGAGAUUGUUUCAACUACAUCAAGAUUUUACUCCGCAUCAACAGCACUCACCUGUACGUGUGUGGAACGUACGCCUUCAGCCCAACCUGUGCCUACAUACGCACUGCAGACUUCUCCUUUGUUGAAAGCGAUGCUGGGGAGAUUGUCGCAGAGGACGGACGCAGCCGCUGCCCGUUCAACCCCGAGUACAAGUCGACCGCCAUCAUGGCUGAUGGAGAGCUAUACACCGGCACAGUCAGUAACUUCCAAGGAAACGAACCCAUCAUCUACAAGAGCUUGAGCCAAGGAACUGCUCUAAAAACAGAAAACUCACUUAACUGGCUUCAAGACCCAGCCUUUGUUGGUUCUGCGUAUAUACAGGAGAGCCUGCCCAAGGGCAACCUUGUGGGCGAUGACGAUAAGAUUUACUUCUUCUUCAGUGAAGCAGGAAAGGAGUUUGAUUUCUUUGACAACACCAUUGUGUCACGCAUCGCUCGUGUGUGUAAGGGUGACGUUGGAGGUGAGAGGGUGCUGCAGAAGAAGUGGACCACUUUCCUGAAGGCCCAGCUCUUGUGCUCGCUGCCUGAUGACGGUUUCCCCUUUAACAUAAUCCAAGACAUGUUUGUGCUCACGCCAAGCCCCGAGGACUGGAGAAACACCGUGUUUUAUGGAGUCUUCACCUCUCAGUGGUACAAAGGUGCAUCAGGGAGCUCUGCGGUGUGUUCCUUCACUAUGGACCAGGUGGAAAAGGCCUUUAAUGGGAGAUACCGCGAGGUCAACAGAGAGACCCAGCAGUGGUACACAUACAACCAUCAGAUCCCAGUGCCUCGGCCAGGAGCUUGUGUCACUAAUGCUGCCAGAGAGCAGGGCAUCUCCUCCUCACUGCACAUGCCAGACAAGGUCCUGAACUUUGUCAAAGACCACUUCCUAAUGGACAGUGUGAUUCGCAGCCAGCCACUGCUACUGAAACGCAGCAUACGCUACACACAGGUAGCCGUCCACCGAGUCCAGGCGACUAAGAAAGUCUAUGAUGUGCUUUUAAUUGGCACAGAUGAUGGGAGACUCCAUAAGGCCAUCAAUGUCAAAAACAAGAUGCACAUAAUUGAGGAGAUGGUGCUUUUCCGUGAUUCCCAACCAGUGCAGCACAUUGAGCUGGACACUGAGAAGGGAAAGCUUUAUGUUUCCUCUCUCGCUGAACUGGUGGAGGUCCCUGUCGCUAACUGCACUAAUUAUCAGAGCUGUGGGGAGUGCAUCCUCUCCAGGGAUCCAUACUGUGCCUGGAAUGGGAGGCAGUGUGUGGACAUCAGAAGUGCUCCUGCUAGCAAUACUUUGCAGCAGGACAUAGAUGGAGCAGACACAUCAAGUAUUUGCAACAAGACCCUGCUGAGUCCACGGGUUUCUAAACCUCCUUUAACACGAGCAUCAGCGUGCCAGGUGAUCAUUAUCCCAGCCAACACGUUCAAAGUACUGCCCUGCAAGCUGCGCUCUAAUCUGGCUGAGAGGAGGUGGCAGUUCAGUGAAAGCUCAGGUCAUUUUCAUUACCCGAGCCCGGAGGGGGGACUGGUAGUGGUCGCUCAGGCUGGCAGGCAGGUAACUUACGAGUGUUGGUCGGUGGAGGAGGGCUUCAGACAGCUGCUGGCGAACUACUGUGUGAGGGCUGAGGUCAAGCAGGAGAGCACCACGCUGAUAGGCCGAUCCCGUACACCGCACUUCUCCCAGGAGGAAGUCAUCAUCCUGCCGGGGGACAGUCUCUUGCCGCAGAUCAACACCAAGACCUACUGGAAUGAGCUGAUUGUGGUGUGUGCGCUCCUGGGGUUUUCCAUCAUAGUCUUCUCACUGUUUGUGGUUUACAGGAACCGUGACCACAUGAAGUCAGUGCUAAAGGAGGGGGAGUGCCCAAACGUGCAGCAGAAGAAGCCCAGGAUAGUUGGAAAACCUGCAGAGAACUUACCGCUUAAUGGCAGCACAGUCACGCCGUCAGCAUCAGAUCACAAAGGGUACCAGACCCUAAACGAUAACUACAUCUGCAGCACUCCGCCGCACGAGUGCUCCUCACCGGACAACAGCAAGAGCUUCUCUGAGUCCGACAAAAGGCCUCUGAACUUAAAAGAGAGCCACGUAGAGAUUUCUUCCACAUGUCCACAACCACGGGUCAGGCUGGGCUCUGAGAUUAAAGACUCAAUAAUCUGAGGCCAGUUUCUUGUUACACGGAUAAACUCACACAAACAAAGCGCACUUGUUUGGAAAAGAUGGAGCAAAAACCCAAGACUCAAACAUUUCAUUACAGAAAUUUUGCACUUUGUCUUCUUUGGUUCUGUUCCUGUGGUUCUUCAUGCAUUUUGUUUCAUUCCCCUCUCACACCUUCUCAUUCAAGUGCAUUUGAAGCACACUGAAGAACCUUCAGUUUGCCUUCAGACUUCUGAUGCUUUCACACAUUCAUAUGAGAAUGUAACAGACACAGAAAUGGCAUCUCGGAUGUCUUUUAGUGAUUCAGUUUCAGGGCAUUUCCACACUUUCCGUCCUUUACGAUCUCCCGGUAAUGCCUUGGAAGGCAGAGUAUUACACUAGCUUGAUGCCACCUAACCUGGCACAGUGUCUGAUGAUUUAUCGUCAUCCUGCCAUCUGAGAGUCAACGCUUCGCUGAGGCGUUGCACAAUGUACUGUACUUUUAACCACUGACAUCAGGGUUAAAGCAAUAGUUCAAAACUUUUAAAGAAUGGUUCUUUGAAAUGGUGAAUCACAAUAAAUAUUCCCAAGUAUUGUAGACGGCCCUUUGAGCAACCUCGGUUUUUUACCACACUGACAAGCUAACGGCUACCGUUACCUGGUCCAAGAUCAAAGGGGAUUGUUGCCACCUUAAAAAAAUCAAGAAAAUUGUUGCAUGAACAGAUUUGAAAUGUUUGAGAUUUGAGUUGUUUUAAAGUGACAUCCAUAUACUUUAGUCCUUGACCUACUCAGCCUAGCCUUUAGCUUGUCAACCCAGUCAAAAUGAAGCUCUCGUCCUAUCAACUGAGGCCAUUAAAGGUGUGGGAAACUGGUUUAAUCUUUUGCAGUGAUCUCUGGUAUGAACUUAGCACGUCAGAAUUUGGAGUCUUAUUUCCUGAUAUUUGGACAUCUCAUUUGGACAACGCAACUCUACCACUGACUCUGUUUGCUCUUCGAUGUGGAUGUUUUAUCUCAACACAUUCUCACACCCGAAGCUUUGAAAAAUGACGCUGGGUGACCAAGCGUUUGUUUCAAUCUGCUGCGAUAAAACGGAGAUUUCACCGAAUUGUGACCUUUACCCUCUUGCUAUGUAACCGUUCCCUCACCCUCCCCCAUCCAAACCUUAACCCUCUUGCACUUUCUAAACUUUGUUCCUAGUUGUAACAUCCCUCUCCAACAUGGUUAAUGGGAAGUUUAGAAUGAGCAACAGGGUUAAGGUUAGGAUAGGGGUGAGGAGUGAAGGGAAGGUUAAAUAGCAAGAGGUUAGAGGUUAAAUGUCGGUGAAAUAGUAAGUAAGUAAAUUUUAUUUAUAUAGCACUUAUCACAGACAUAGAAUCACUAAGUGCUUCACAUAGAACAAAACAAAAUAAAAAUAAGUCAUAAAAUCAUAAACAGAUUCACGUCAUAAUAUCAAAAUGCUCUCAAAACAGAAAUAGAUUAACAUCAGAAAAAAUAGUCAUAAAAUUAUGAUUUUUCAUAAACAGAAGAAAGAUUAAAAAUUUGAGUUAAAAAUAAGAAAAUAAAAGGUUUAGUUAAAAGCAGCUUUAAAUAAAAGGGUCUUUAGCUGUUUUUUAAAAGUGUCCAGACUGUCAGUGCUGCGUAAGGAUAAAGGAAGAUCAUUCCAGAGUCAGGGUGCAACAGUCUGGAAGGAGCGAUCACCUCGACUUUUAUAUCUGGUCUUUGGAACUUCUGGAAGGUUCUGGUGUGUGGACCUGAGGGCUGGGUUGGAGCAUCAGGCUUAAACAGUUCAAUAUUAUAGGGAGGAGCUUGACCAUGUAGAGCAUUGAAAGUUAUAAUCAGGAUUCUAAAAUGAACUCUAAAGUUAACGGGUAACCAGUGCAGAGACAUCAGAAUAGGAGUGAUGUGUGCUCUUCUGUUUGCUCCAGUUAGGAGCCUCGCUGCAGAGUUCUGGACCAACUGAAGGCGGUCAAGGGCUUUUUUGUUAAAACACGUGAAGAGUGUGUUACAGUAAUCUAGACGAGAGGAGAUAAAGGUAUGGAUAACCAUUCCAAGUUCAUGUUUUGACACCAACCUUCGCAGUUUGGAGAUAUUUCUUAAAUGAUAAAAACAGUUUCGGACCAACGUUUUUGAGUGGCCUUCAAGAGACAUUUAUUGGUCAAAAAACACCCAAAUUCAUUACGUUUGUCUUGACUGCAGAGGAUAAAUAACCAAGUUUUAAACUAAUCGGGGGAAUCAUGCUCUCAGGGGGAAUGAUCAGACAUUCAGUCCUUUCAGAGUUUAACUGAAGGAAGUUAUCGUCUAGCCAGCUGGUGAUAGCUGAUAGACAUUCUAAUAAUUCAGACAGUUUAUAGAACUCAGAAUCCUUAAAGGAGCAGUACAGCUGAAUAUCAUCUGCAUAUAGGUGAUAAGUGACAUAAUGAAAAGAAUCAAGUGUCUGUCCAAGAGGGUGUAUGUACAGCAGAAACAACAGUGGACCCAAAACAGAGCCUUGGGGUACCCCACGGAACAGAUCAGUAGAAUUUGACAUGAUUUGGUUUAUACAGACACUGAAACUUCUGUUAGAAAGGUACAAAUUAAACCAGUCUAGAACAGUUCCAGAGAUCCCCACCGAGUCACCAAGUCUGUUGAUUAAGGUGUUGUGAUCAACAGUGUCAAAAGCUGCAGACAGAUCUAACAAUACUAAUACUGUGAACUCCCCGUUGUCUGCAGCCAUCAUGAUGUCACUGGAAACUUUAAGCAAAGCUGUUUCUGUUGAAUGCUUUUUACGAAAACCAGACUGGAAUUCAUCAAAACUGUUGUGUAGUUCCAGAAAAGUAAUCAGUUGAUCUGCCGCAACCUUUUCCAAUAUUUUAGAGAUAAAGGGUAAUUUAGAAAUGGGUCUGUAAUUUUUAGGCUGAGAUGAGUCCAAACUUGUUUUUUUUAAGAAUAGGUUCAAUAACUGCAUAUUUGAAAACAGAUGGUACAGAGCCAGAUUGUACGCAUAAAUUAAUAAAAUCAACAGUGCAUGGGCCAAUUUGGUCAAACAUCCUGAUUAACAAGAAAUGUGCGUUUUACCGCAGGUGUCGGAAACCGAUGCUCUGGCAUAGCACGUCGCCUCCGUCAAAAACAAAUGCUUGGUCACCCAGCGUCAUUUUUUGAUGCUUCGGGUGUGAGAACGUGUUGUUUAUCUCCUCAACUAAAACAAGCCUGGAGGAGCUUCUGCUGUGUGAUGGAGUGGCUAAUGCUAACAGCUUCUGCUAGCUGAUAUUCUCUGCUGAUUCUGGAUGCUAAAACAAAACAACCUUCCCCAUUGCACACCAGUAUUGGCAAGUCUAAGCAACCACUUAACAUUGUCAGACUUUUCAAAUCCUAGAGUCUCACCAUCUAUUUUCUGUCAGAAGCUAAAGCAGGAGAUAUGUGUAGGAGACUGUUUUCAUGUUCAGCCUGCAUGAAAAACUCAGAGUGACGAUUAUAAUCAGAAAUAUCAUUAAAAAUGUUUCCAGUGUUCCACACUUUAAAAAGUUCCCUUAUACAGGUGAGAAAUUAUUGUUCUUUACUUUUUCACAGAACCUCAUUUAAAAGAUCUCAACUAUCCCUUUAACAUAAGUAAGACGCGGCAAGGAAAGACAGCUUUUAAAUAUCUUUCAAACACAUCGACUCACUGAAAUAUCACAUCAAACAAUGCAUUUACAUCAACUUCAAAGGUUUGAUCUACAUUAUUAUUAAAAAUAAAAAAAAGAAUAUUUUUUAUCUGUAAGAAACUCCCACAAGCUCAAAUUAUACACAAAAAAUAUAUUAAUAUAAACAAAGACAGAUGUACUUUUAAGUAUUUCAAUAUGUACUGUGUGUAAAUAUUGUUUUCGUGAGUUCUAACCUAGAUUAUUUUAUUUUACUGUUCUUUCUUGGGGUUUUGUCACUGAAUGCGAUAAAGGGGGAAGGUCCAUUCUGGUUGGAAUCACAAAAGACGGUCUAUGCAAAGCAAAUAAUGUGAAGUGAGGUAAAUACGAGGACAACCCUCACCAUGACACUGGGUAAGCACAAGGGUGUUGGCGCUGUGAGUUACUUUUCAGUCAGUGGCACUGAAAAAUAAAAAUAAAUAAAAAACACACCCACUCACUAAUUAUACUAACUGCAAGUAUGCAACAGAUUUAGUCAUUUUUUGAGUGUUUGCAGAUGUAAAAUAAUAACAACUCUCAGAAAUAGGCAUUAAAACAGACAAAACACAAUAAUCCAGCACAGCAGAGUAAACAUAUUUUUUACAGUGAUGUGGCCAAAUGAUUUUGCUGCACAUAGGCAUUUGGCGUAGUUAAUUAUUUGACAGUUUUAACUAUCUCACUGCACACUCAUAGGGAAAUGUUAAAUAUUGAUACUUUUUGGUUAAAAUACCCCAUCUGUACACACAUACUAACUAGUUGAUAAUAUAAAAAUAAAACAACUGCUUGCUCAAAUGUUUAAAGCAAAGCAAUAAUGUUCAUUUAAUUAUGCAGAAAUAAAUAAUGAACCACAUAUAACUACAUUUAUCAUUGCAUUUUUCAUAUCUAGUUGGAUUUUUUGUUGCAAUUUGAAAUAAAGAUCUAACAGACAAACGAGAAGCAUAAAACUGGGAUUUGCACAUGAUGUUUGAAGCCUUAGUACUGAAACAUUUGUAGGGAUGAGUGAAAAUGAAUAAAUGCCUUCUGACACAAUAAACAUGUGACGUGCCUCUGGAGGUGAUAAACUGACCGUGUGAUCAAGUUUUAUGGGUAAAUAUUAAAGGUGUGAAAGAAACGGCCGUUCGUUGAAACAACUGGACACAAUCCAUACAUGCAUAGGUAUCAUGAUCUGUCGGCGUCAUGUAACACUUCUUUUUGUUAAAAAAUAUAUUGUUGGACUAAAGCUAUCACUGGGGAAUACAUUUCAUUCUUAAAUCAUGAUUCUUAAUUGUGGUAUUAUGUUACAUAUUACUGUAAAAAAACACUUCAGAAGUCAAUUUUAAAGUCACUCAUGCAGUAUGAAAGACUUGUGCUUUGACUGUUAAUAACAAUCACAAAUGCCACUGUUGGUGAAGUGACUGUCAUUAGAACAACAUGUACACACACAAAUAUAUAUAUAUAUAUAUAUAUAUAUAUAUAUAUAUAUAUAUAUAUAUAUAUAUAUAUAUAUAUGAAUACAAGCUGAAACUAUUAAUGCCACCAUGAAAGUAUUGCUGUCUGCUUCCUCCAGAUGAACCACUGCAAUCUGGCCUUCGUGACUUAGUGACAGCACAGGCUCUUAUCGACAUGCAUUGUACAGCCAUUAAACAAUGUAUUUUGUAAAUAGUUUUGUAAAUUAAGCUGCCAAUGUACAAUUAUUGUGAACUGUAUUUUUAUAUCAUACAUCACUACUGUUUUUGUUUGUUUAGUCUUGUUUUUGUAUAUUAAAAAGCACUUUAUUUUAAUUUUUCAAAUAAAGAUAAAGUAAAUAAAUUCUUAA